AUGGCUCCAGCAGCAAGGCCCAAGUCAGCAGCAGGAGAGAGGGACCCGGCCCUGCCGCAGCAAUUCCUGACCCGGGAGGGCUCCGGGAGCCCUUCGAGCUGCUGCCACCCCUCUCUGGGGCUGGACUCGCUCCCCCCUUCCCGCGGCACCGCAUCGAGCGGCGUUAACACACCUCCGCCGCACGGCGCCUCCUGCCAGGUGCAACCGGACAACUACAACUCCCGUCAGGCACCGCGGCUCCUGCCCGCAGCUUUGGGCGGCAGCGAGGUGCUGGGGGUGAUGGGAAAUGGAGUCUGCGGGCCGAGAACGAGCCUCCACACCUCGUUCCUCAUCAGCUCAGCCCGUUCCUGCUGCGUUCCUUCCUACAACAUCACACGUUACUUUUCCAUCAAAACUGGCAGUCAAAAAGCUGUAAAAAUGCCAUGCAUGGCUCCAAAUGUUUGUACUAAAGUGCCUGACGGAGGAUGGGGUUGGAUAAUUGCUUUUGCUUCCUUCUUUGUGCAAGCUCUAACAGAUGGCUUUAUAAAGUCAUUUGGCAUCUUCUUCAAUGACCUGAUGGAAAGCUUUGGUGAAACCACCAGCAGGAUAUCCUGGAUAAUAUCCAUCUGUGUGUUUGUACAGACCUUCACAGCUCCUCUGUCUGCAGUCCUCAGCAACCGCUUUGGCCACGGCCUGGUGGUGGUGGUCGGGGGAGUCAUGGUCAGCACCGGCACGGCCGUCGCCUCCUUCGCUCACACCGUCGUGGACAUGUACGUGGCCGUUGGCGUUGUCUCUGGCCUGGGAUACAGCCUCUGUUACCUCCCAACUGUCACUGCUUUGUCUCAGUAUUUUGACAGAAGGCGUUUGCUGGUCACAACAGUGGCAUCUACUGGGGAAUGUUUCGCUGUUUUCUUCUUUGCACCAGCCAUUACUGCUCUGAAGGAGCACAUUGGCUGGAGACACAGCCUCCUUUCUGUCGGGGUGCUGCAGCUGAUCAUUGUCGCCUGUGGAUUGCUCCUGAAGCCCAUCAUCAUCAAAGAGCAAGAAGCAAGGAGAGCACAGCCGUCAGAAGAACCCACAGAGAUGACACCCAUGCUUGAAAAGGAGCAAACAGGCACCUCAACAGAGUCCAUAGGCUCAGAAGAAGAAAUAACGGCCUUAUCCAGCCAUCUGCCUGGAGACACCAAAGCAGAGCCAGAAAGGGAAGAGCCAAAGGCGCACGUACAGAUACUUAUUGAGGAUGACAGCGCUCCUCUAGAAGCAAAUCCCAAGCUACUGGACUUCUCUGUGAUGAAAGACUAUAGUUUCAUCUGCUAUGCCCUCUUUGGCAUGUUGAUUACCUUGGGUUUCCUCAUUCCCUCCCUCUACAUCAUACCCCUGAGCCUCAGCCUCGGCAUCAGCCAAAAUCACUCGGCGUACGUGCUGUCAGCCGUGGGGAUCGCAGAGGUCUUUGGGAGGAUUUCAGCUGGCUGUGUGCUCAACAGAAAGCCUCUCCACAGCAUCUACGUUGAACUCAUCUGCGUCAUUCUGCUGUCUGUAGCACUGUCUACCUUCCCUUUUGCCUCUAGCUUCUGUGACUUGGUGGCAUGCAGCCUGUUUCUUGGGUUCACGCUCGGGACGGUAGCGGGCACGCACGUUGCCCUCCUGGCAGAAGAUGAUGUGGUUGGCAUUGCAAAGAUGCCUUCUGCAGUGGGAAUCUAUCUCUGCUUUCAAAGCCUGGUGGAGUUGGCUGCACCACCUCUGGCAGGUGUCUUAGUGGAGAGAACAAAGAGCUACAGCUCAGCCUUUUUCUCUUGUGCCACUGGCGUUGCUUUGGCUGCUGUGUUUCUGUCCCUGGUGAGACCAUGCAAGGCUGGGCUGUGCCACAGACAGCAGCAGCGUGCAGAGCAGCGCACGGCGGAGGCUGAACCACACUCACCAGAUGGCUUUAUGGGAGAGGAUAUGGCAAAAGCAGAACAUUUGGGAAAAGGCUGUGACCAUGCAACAUAA